AUGACCACCUUUUACAAGUUCCUUGCACCAAUGGAGGAACUCAAAGCAGCAGUCAUUCACUGUGGUCUCAGCAAUGAGCAGACAGAGUUUGCCUCGGGAGGUUUCUUGAGUGUCGUCAAAAAGAGCGAAAAGUUGAAGAAUAACAAGGGAAAACUCGAAAAGAUCAUGACCCUGGUGGGACCGGAAGGAGAAAAGGCGCUCAAGAACUACGAAAGCGUCGCGUUCAAAGCAUCCCUACCAAAACCAAGUCCCAUGAUGUUAUUGCCCAGGCCACCCAUGGCACCACCAGGACCACCACCGCCGGUGGUGGCAAGCCUGUUGGCCAAGAGCAUCAAGAAAAUGACACGCAAGGACAAGGAUGCCGGGAACACGGAAGAAGCCGUCAAACUGAUGAUGAAAAAGGGACUGGAGGAAGAAGCCAUUUUGAAUUUCAUGGCCGUCUUUACAGUUUUUUUGGAAGACAAGGGUGAGCUGGAAGUGGCCGAUGAAAUUCUGGUGCUUCCGGUGGAUUACAACAAAUAG